AUGAUCAUUCGUUUCAGAUCUAAAGACGGUGUGUUCAGAGUGAACGCAGAGGCUUCAACUCUUUUUGGGGAUCUGCUGGCCCAGUUACUCUCUAAAUCUCUCCCGGAUGUUGAUUUGAAUACCGUUAAAGUAUCGUCUGAUUCAACAAAUAGUGAUCAGACAUUGGCCAGCUCAUAUGAAAGGAAGACGGCCGCUGAAUUGGGGCUAGAAAAUGGCGCCAUGUUAUAUUUGACGUAUGCAAAGGGUGCGAGUGGAACUAAUGGUUCUGCUGUCAGUAUCAAUGGAAAGAGCGAGCCUGUUAAGGUUUCCUCGACUACUGUUGAGAUAAAGUCAACAACUACAUCUUCCGACCAACUAUCUAUUGAUGAUAAAUUGGAUAAAGAUAAAGGAUUAAUUCAGAGAAAGAGAUCUACCUUCUGUAGACACAACGAAAAGGGGAUGUGCGAGUACUGUUCGCCUUUACCUCCCUGGGAUAAAUCAUAUCAGGAGGAGCAUAGCAUCAAACAUGUUUCUUUCCAUGCCCAUGUGAAUGAAGUCAAUACUCAAGUAAACAAGACGGAAUCCAUCUCUUCGUACAUUGCACCACUUCACCAAUCGAAUUUCAAAAUCGAUAGGCACUGCAUAAAUGGGCAUAAGCCUUGGCCGAAGGGCAUCUGUUCGAAAUGUCAGCCUCCAGCAAUCACUUUACAGACACAGAAAUUUCGGAUGGUCGAUCAUGUGGAGUUUCAGGAUAGUGAGAUAGUUAACGAUUUCAUUAACGCCUGGCGUCUUUCAGGAUCCCAAAGAAUCGGUUUAAUGGUGGGGUCCUAUGAUAGAUAUACUGAAGUUCCGUUAGGAAUUAAGGCCAAAGUUGAGGCCAUCUAUGAGUUGCCACAGUUAGAUAGAGAAGACGGUCUAGUUUUACAGAAGUGGGAGGAUGAAGAUAAAGUUAUUCAAUUGGUACAUGAUAUGGGAUUGGUACCUGUUGGUAUUAUUUUUACCGAUUUAAUUGAUGCUGGUAAAGGCGACGGUUCUGUUAUUUGCAAAAGACAUAAAGAUUCUUUCUUUCUAUCAUCUUUAGAGUUGAUUUUCGCUGUCAAGUGGCAGAUGAAGUUCCCGAAUAUUUGUAAAUGGUCUUCUUCUGGUACUUUCUCAUCAAAAUUUGUCACCUGUGUUAUCUCCGGUAAUACGAGUGGUCAAAUCGACAUCGAAGCUUAUCAGGCUUCUGAAAGUGCCGAAGGUUUAGUAAAAGCCGAUCUCAUUUCUCCUUCCACUCAUCCUAAUCAGGUAUUCAUUAAUGAACAGGAUGAGGAAAGAUAUGUGCCCGAUAUAAUGUAUAGAAUGAUUAACGAGUACGGACUGGAGGUGAAAAGAAAUGCAAAGCCAAGUUUCCCCGUCGAGUAUCUUUUGGUGUCUCUCACACAUGGAUUUCCAGAGGCCCCAUCACCGUUCUUUAAGGAUUCUGAAAAGUUUGCUAUUGAAAGUAGGAACUACAUUGAUGAGGUGGCUACCAUGUCUGAUAUUAAGGAACACUUCAAUAUCAAAAAUGAUCCAACUGAGUUCACAUCUAGGCUUAGCAAUUUCCAUCUACUCAACUAUUUGUUGAACAAUUUGCAAGUUUUGGGUGCUCCUGAACGAGCUUUAAUCAUCAAGAUAGUGAAGGAAUUUGCUUCUGGUGACGUAAACACCGCCAAAGCUGAUUCGUUCAAUCUCCUAGAGUCUCCUGGUUGGAAAUCAUUGAAAAUGAUAGUGGAUAUGGGAUACUAG